UCCAAAAACAUACAUGUCAGGUUGAUUGGUGACUCUAAAUGGUGACUCUAAAAAAACUCUCGCCCAAAGUCAGCUGGGAUAGGCUCCAGCAUACCCGCAACCCUAGCUGUGGGCGUCUCACGGCAUUACCCACAACCAGAAAGGGUGUAAGGUGUGAACCCACCCAACCUGCUGUACCUCACGACAGUUGACAUGUUGAUGGGGCCGACCGCCCAUCCCCUUCAAUCUUACCCUCCAUCAGAAGUUUAAAAGGAUGUGUGAUCCCAAAAGGUCUUCAGUCUCACUUCCACACAGACCUCUUCAGCACCGCCUCCUUCUCCAGCCGCAGCUAUACUUCAUCCUCCCGUGUCAGCAGCGUCUACGGUGGGUGAGGUUCUUGGGUUCGUGUUUCUAAGGUCAGCAGUGGUGGCUUCAACCAGGCCGACUCCAUUGAUGUUUCUUUUAACGAGAAGGUCAGCAUGCAGACCCUUAAUGACCAGCUGGGGUCCUACCUGGAGAGGGUACUCAAGCUGGAGCUGAAGAUCAGGAACUUCUUGGCGAGCAAAACCAGGCCAGCGGAUCAUGACUGGACCACCUUCAAUGUUCAGGUCACAGCAAAAGCCUAACAUUGUCAGACUGCUAAGAUCCGCCCGUUUGUCCCCACUCAGAUGCAAAAUGGCGCUCAUGCAAAUGCUGCCUUCGUCCUCGCCAUAGACAAUGCCAAGCUGGCCAGUGACGACUUCCGCGUCAAGUAUGACGACGAGCGUGCCAUGCACCUGUCAGUAAAGGCCCACAUCAGCGGGCUGAAGCGGGUUUUGGACAAGGUGACCCCGAGUCGCGCCCAUCUGGAGAUAAAGGUGGGGGGGUUUGAGGGAGGAGCUGAUCCACUUGAAGAGGAACCAUGA